AAGCACGGCACUUGAUCGAAGAGACGCUCGUCGGUCGAGUGUGAGGGAGUUGCGAGAGAGUGCCGGCGAGAGAGUGCUCAUACUGAGGAUUAAUAACGUACCGACGAAAAGAAGAGAGAAUAAAGAAGUCGGCCUAACGUUUGUUCUAACCCCCAUAACAAUUUUCCAUAAUAGGAAAUAAUCAUCUAUCUAUCUACGUAUCUACGUCAGUGUGUUGUACUUUCGUGUUAAAAAAAAAAAAAAAGAAUAAGAAAGAAGUGAUUAAAAAAAGACUUUGUUAACGUAGUUAAGUGAUUGAUGUAGUUGAAUAUCGAUUGAAAAAUUGUUGAUACAAGGGUUUAAAGAUAUCAAUCCGUCUCUAAGAUGUCUCUUAUGGAUAUCGAACAUUUUUUAAAAUUAAAUCGUCUUUCGUAUUGAUGCGAGUGUCGAUUAAUAGAUCGAUAAAAGUCAAUCGUAAGGGCUCGCGUUUGAUCCGUUGAGAGAGAAAAUAGAAUUUUUAGAUAGAAGGUUUGCGAAUAAAAUAAAGAUAGUAAAAGGUAUGAUGGAGGAGGAGAAGAGAAGCGAGACUUCGCCAAAACCUUCUCAACCGACGCCGUUCAGCAUCGCAGAUAUUCUCAGUCGUAGAACGUCUCAUGGUGAACACGAAAAACGUUCGAUUAUCGAAAACGACGAAAUCCAAACCACCGGUGUUUGCGAUUCGGUAAAGAGAAUCACGUUUGAACGUGAUAUUAACGGAGGACGUGAAAUCGAACGUGAACGUUUGCUCGUUGCUGGAUUUCCAAGAUUACCAUCGCCCGACACUAACAUGGCACGAGAGUUGGAUAUACUAAGGAGAAAUCUAGCGCACGCGAACCUCUCGAGUUUUGGUGGGUUGCCGCACUUAGGCCAGACAUCCUUCAAGCAUCUCGAAACAUUGGGUAACCUUCCGACUUAUCAGGCAAGCAAAGAGUCCAGGGAAUCAUCUCAAAGACAACAGGACGAGGCAUUGGAUAUGAGCAAAAGCAAGUACCUUGACGAAAUGGAGGAAGACAUAUUCGAGUCGCAAAAUCACGGGCAAAGCUUGCAAAGCAGGAAAAAACGUAGCAGGGCAGCGUUCUCUCAUGCUCAGGUCUACGAAUUGGAAAGAAGAUUCGCAGCUCAAAAAUAUUUGUCCGGACCUGAACGUGCUGACCUUGCACGAGGAUUAAAACUCACCGAGACCCAAGUUAAGAUAUGGUUUCAAAACCGACGAUACAAAACCAAAAGACGUCAGCAACAGGAAUUGGGAGCAAUGGUGAAUUCCGGAAAUGCGAGACGCGUAGCCGUACGCGUUUUGGUACAUCCUGAUGAACAUUUGAGAGGAUUACCUCUUCGUGGUUCCGGACAACUUCCCGGACAAAUGUCGAGCCCGCAGAUUCAUCCGGCUAACAAAGCCCUCGGUGGUUUCCCUUACUAUUGUCUGCCCUAUCACCCCUUGCUUUGUCCGCCUUUACACUCAACCCACAUUCAGGUACAAAACGCGAUCACGCCCGAUCUCGAUCAGGGACAAAUAGUAAAAUUAAACAACGACAAGUAAAAUCUUCUACAAAUCGAAAAUCAUUUAUUUCUAACGAAGAAGAAUUAUCUUCAAUCGACAUUUCUACCUUCGAUGGGACGUCUUGUGUCGAAUUUUUAUUAAAAAAAAAAUAAUAAUAAUAAUGAAUAUAUAUAUAUAUGAGAGAGAGAGA